AAUGAAGGCGGGGACACGGAGGGGAGUAGGGUUGUAAGUGUGUUGUGUAGCGAACGGGUGUAUAUAAGGGAAUUGAUCUCGUGACGGUCUGGCCUUGACUAUACACAAAUCCAGGCGGUGGCGCCCAGACGAAGGGAAGCCAUCUGAGGGUUAAUGCUCUCAGUGAAGAUGCAUUCACUGGCGCUCCUUCUCCUCCUGUCCCUCGUCGCCUUCACCUCGCCGGAGGCCGUGGGUUCCCCGCAGUCUCCCGACGUCACCCGGACCUCGUCAACCCUCUGCAAGGCUCGCAAGAUGCCCUCCGCGGGUGCGUGCGACAGCGAGAUACUCCUGUCCGGAGAGCUGGGCGGAGAAAACCUGCGAGCCGUCUCACCGAGCCUCCCCGAUCACUACUGGGAGGGCGAAGGCUGCCGUAUCCUGUGCUUCUGCGGGGCUGGGGAGCUGAUGUGCUGCCCCAGGGAGGUGUUCUUCGAUCCGACGGUGCUACCUUACAUCCCGUGCGACUCCCCCAUCAAAACCAAAGAUUGAAACUCAGAGGAUGGAUGCUGGGCAAGCCGCAGUCCAACUUCAAGCAGCAUGAACUCAUUCACCAAACUACACCAGUCACUCAUCAAGUAAGUUCACUCGACUUCUUUAGAAACUCAUUAACUCAUAUAGGAAUUCACUCGAUCGACAAGCAACUCACUUAAUUUCUUGAUAUAUUCACUGCACCAGUCACUCAACAGUUGAAUUAGCAUACUAAGCAACUCAGGAAGGAACUCACUCAACAAUAAGCUCACUUCAUUAAGUGAACAGAUCACUCAGCAAGUCAAUUAACUUGCUUCGCAACUCACCCCAUACACUCAUUCACUUAACUAAUUUAUCAACUCACUCAUUCAAAUAAUCUGCUCAACACCUCACUUCAUCGAUUAGCAACUCAUUUGUGAACUUACUCGCCACUCGAUUUCCAUUCAUCUAGCAUCUCACAAAAUGCCUCAUCAACAGACGGAACAACUCCCUGAUUUUUAUGGACUCAAUCAGUCUACUUCAUGUCCCUAUUCUGGAAGAGGAAGGUUUGUGUAUUACAUUCAUCUUGCUAUUAAUUUGAGGCAAUGACUAAAUUAAUUCCCGCUGAAUUAAAGCAGCGGCACAUUUUUGACUAAUCCCAGUAAAAUAUAAAUGGCACAGGUGACAAGUGGUCAAUUAAAGACGAUUAAGGGAGACAAUAUUACCUUCGGUUGGGCAGGUACAAUUAAUUUGUGGCAUUAAUGUAACGCUUAUAAUAUAAUUAAGGUUAGGCACCGGUUGUAAUAUAUUAUCACCGAGUAGCACAGAAAACAAGACAUUGUGUAAACUAUAACUUUGGUUCACAAUUAGUGUAUUCAUUAGAAUAACUUAUUCCAAUAUAUAUUUUAAAGAAAAGGAUGGAUAAAAAAACAUAUACCUCCUUAAAUGUUUUUUUUUCCCAGCCAAAGACAAUCACAAAUACGUUCAUCUUUUGUUUUUCAAAGAGGUACACAAAUAAUGGAAACGUUUUUUAAAUCCGUGUAGGUGGAGGAAUGUUUAAUCAGAAUCUGUUUUUAAACUGAUACUCGAUUUCUUGCUCAAUUCGAAACCCAGGACGAUGGCUACUCUGCCGAAGCUUUAAUCCUCCCGAAUCCAAAACAUUCUGGGUUAUCACGCAGAUCCCAUCGAUCCUGUCAUUCGUAACAGAUUCAACUGGGGCACAGGUGGUGGUGCCUUAUGGGCUUAUUAAUCACAACAUACCUUUGUGUGACAUAGUAGCGUUGCUUCAGUGUGCCUAACAAGAUGUCUAACAAAUAGCAUGGAAUUCAUCAGCUGUUAAAAACAGGUGCGCGUUUCACAAUCCACGCAAUGUUUUUAUUUGCUAGUUUACCUUCAAUAAUUUGCAUAUUCGUUUACCGUACAUUAACUGCAGUGACUAUAUUGGUAUGUAACGCAAGUUGCACUGUGUGAUUUAGUUUGUGUAGUUUGUUGUCCUUUCCCUGUACCUCCGAUUGGCACUGUUGGCUACGUACGGUGCGAAAGAAGUUCAACAAACAUAUACGAUACGUUUUAAGAGAUCGAGAGGAGAUGAAUACAGUGGGAUUCCUUUACCCAGCGGUGGGAAGUGAAAGGCUAAGACAACACUCUGUAAUGCAAUGUAUUAAAACAUUUGUAAGCUC